AUGGACCCGGCCAGAAAGCGCCAGAAAGUUUCAUCCGCCUGUGAGAGGUGUCGAAAACGCAAGCUAGGGUGUGAUCAACAACGCCCGUGCCAGUUAUGUCUCCGAGCCGGUGUAACAUGCGUUCCGCGCGGAGAGCCCGUGGCUCGAGCAUCUCCGACGAUUUCAAAUCCUGCGCCAGUUGAGCAAAGGAGAACUUACGGUGAAGGACAAACUGCUCCCAUUCGUCCGAACGAUCGACGUACUGCAGUUCUCCCGGAGCUGAAUAUUGUCGACCUGAGUACCCGGAUGUUUUCACGCGAUGAACAGCACCAAACACUAGGCUACGACACCUCCGCCUUGCCCGGAGGCAAGAAGACAUACAGCCCCCUCAUCUCUAGCCCGAUACCAUGGAGAGAUGGAAUUGGUAUACAGCUGCCUCCACGGCAAGUGCUGGAUGAACUCAUUACCCAGUUCUUCGAGUCUGUGGAUUGGUUUAUGAUGGUAUUCCACGAAGGGAGUUUUCGACAGCGAUACAAGAGUCUCAUUGCUUCGGUGCAUGUUGCUGGACCUGAUAGCAACUUUCUGUGGCUUGUGAUGCUAGUCCUCGCUCUCGGCGCCCACUAUUCGUCCCUUCGUGAGCCUUUCGAUGAUCAUGGCCAGAACCUAUCUGUCCUAUCUGAGAAACUCCUUACCCAGAUCGAAUACAGAUUCUUGCAGAUCAUUGGGUGUCCGAAUGUCGAAGCUGUGCAGGUUUGCGUGCUCCUGGGAAGUUUCCACUUGUUCAACGGUCGUCCGACUGUUGGUAUGGGCGUCUUAGGAAGUGGCAUUAAAAUUGCGCAGGUCAUUGGAUUGCAUCGUGAAUCAAUGUGGCACAAUCUUUCUGAAGUCGCACAAGAGUCCAGAAGACGGUCAUGGUGGGCCUUGGAAGUUUUCGACAAGUAUGCAGCUGUGGCCUUCGGGAGGCCAUGUAGUAUAGACGACUCCGAUUGUAAUAUUGGCUUGGUAACGGACGUUGGGGAAAUAAGUCCUCGCCAAACUCCUCUCCUAACAUAUCAUCAAUGGAAAUUUAGACUCUAUCGCAUCAUGGGUCCCUUUCUGGGCAGGCGGCUUCAAACAAAUCGAAUGGACACAGUAAAGGCCAUUCAUGAUCAGCUCGUCAAAUGGGAGAGAGAAUUGCCUAAUAGCCUACGUCUAGAAACCUACAAGGAAGACAGUAGCUCGGGACAUCCACCAUUAAUACAGCUAGCGGCUCUUGCUCUUCAGCUGACUUACGACAAUCUUCGCAUAAUCCUUCAUCGAAGUGUUGCAUUUGGAGAUUUUGACCAUGAAGCUGGCUCAGACGGAAAGGUAGUCGAGACCGAAAGCUCUGCCUUCUCCCGUCAACAGCUGCUGGAGUCUGCAUUACGAACCUCGGAACUGUAUCGAUAUUCUCAUCUUCUGCAGGCCUCUCGCAGGACACACGCCGUAAUGCAUAUUGGGAUAUGCCUGUUUACAUCCGGUGUCGUACUGUGCGCACUCUCCCUCGUGGAACCAUUAUCCAUAACCAGCCAGAAGGCAAAGGCAGGCAUCAUGCAAAUUAUUCGACUACAGAAGGAAAGAGUUUCGAAACAGCAUGUCCUAUCACUACAAAGUGUCAAGAUACUUGAAGAUUUGGUCAACGUCGUCCUGCAGGCUGAACAACGAACAAUUCUUGGGAACCCGGUUCCAGAGUCUACCUCUCAACCGAAAGCCAUAGAAAGGCACGUCGUUGAAAGUGAAUAUCCCAACUUCAAUCAAACACAGACAAAUCAGCAGGGCGACUUAGGGGGUGUGGUGACGACUGCCCAAGCGUCUCUUACACCUCUUCAAGAAGUGUUUGCCAACCACACACAACAGCCUUCCAACCAAAUAGGAGUUCCCGCCUCUGAGAUUUCCGCACCCACCUGGCAAGAUGCAGGAGGGCUGGAUGAUAGAGUCUCGGGGUUGGAUUCGUCCGCCGGAUUCUCCUGGGAUGGGAAUAUUUCCUCUUUAGUCGACUCCGGACUUGCUGAUGCCAGUCAGCUUUGGCUCUGGUCCGAUAAUCUGGGUUAUCAGUCUUUUGCUGAACUUAGUGAUGUACUACAGUGA